ACUAACAAACAGAAAGUUUCUGAGCCUAACCAGUUUGUCAUGUGAAGUUUAUUGGAAACCAUAAAGUAUUCAGCAGUAACGAGAACCUGAUCCCACAGACGCGCGUCCACCGGAGGAGAGCUGCGCGCCCACUGGAGAGCUGCGCGCACUGACGGGGGCGGAGUGCCAGUCUCUCCACUUUGGAGACAUCAUUGAAACUCACACAGUGUUCAUGAAACUUUGAUAAAACAGCAUUUCAGUUUGUCAUUAAUGCUUGCAUGCGCACUCCUGUGAGUUAAUUAAAAAUGAAGCGCGCUCUUGCAGGUCACGCGCACCUAUGUAUUGGAAUUAUUAGUUUUCUUACCUUUCCACUGGUUUAUGGAACCUUCAGUCUGUUUCAGGGCAAUGCAUAUUCAAACUCAGUCCCACGACAAAGAAACAAAAACUGGUGUGCGUUCGUAGUGCACAAGACCGUGUCGUGCGCUGUGCACGCGGCUACCGAAAGCGUCGUGGAUCCGCAGCUCGCGCCCUGCCCGCCGCAUCUGCCGGAGUGUGCGCAGCGGAUGAUGUAUCAUACUCGCCUGGUGCCACUAUACAAAGUAGCUUACAAACAGGUGACUGAGCUGGAGUGGAGGUGUUGCCCAGGUUUUCAGGGUCAUGACUGUACUGAUCUGAAAGAUGCACCGCCGAGACCUCACGUCCUGCAGGAAUCACAGCAGGAUCACUCGAUGCACACCAACCUGCAACAACAAAGUGUACUGGGACAUUCUGGGACGCAUCCUUCGACACAUCCAGGGCAAACUGGACAGAAUACGGAUCCCUCAACACAGGCUGGUGAGCGCCAACAGGAGAGUCGGCGAGUUAAGGCUUUAGAAGAAGAAGUAGAGCAUCUUUCUCAGACAGUCCUUGACUUGCAAGCUGCCAUGACAUCGGCUACUGCAAACCUGCGGGUAGAGUUACAGGAAUAUGCCAGCAAGAUCUUUGGAAACAUGUUGGGGAACUUGCCACAACCAGAUAAUGUCAAGACGGGUAAAACCGAGAGCUUCGUGCUCCCGUCUGACCUUGGUGGAUCACAAGUUACAGAUGAGCUCCAGAACCAGGUCACCAACCUUUCCAACACAAUCAGCACUAAUACAAAUGACAUCCAAGGUCUGAACGUCAAGAUCCAGAACAUCGAUGAACAGCUGCAUCGGCUAACAGAGGCAUCCAGUACUGGUCCACUUCAACCUCCAUCCACAGCAUCAAACAGCGAGUGUUCGUGUCAAACGUACAUAGACGAAAAGAUCUCUGACCUGCGUAUGGAGCUUCUUGAAGGCAUGGACAUCAAAAUUUCCGAUAUGAAGAAUGCAUGCAACUACAAGAUCUCUACAGUUCAGGAGAUGUGCGAGGAGCAAGAGAUUAUCUACUCAAGCUUGGUCGAGCUCGUCGAAUCCAAAGAGGCUGAUCUCCGCAAAGAGAUUCAAGAUCUGCAUCUACUUUUACCAAAUGCAACGUCCCCAGGGUUGGACAACCCUGAGGUCCAGAAGCUUAAAGACGACCAACAAAUCCUAACCAAUGCCAUUAGUCAUCUGAAUACCACACUUGCACAGAUUGAUGUAAAGGGACGUGCUCUGGGCGUGAGGGUAAGUCUUGCAGAAAAAAAUGUAGAGAACUGCUGCAAGCUUGAAGCGAAGAUGAGAAGCGAACGGCACAAAGAGCAACAAAACAUUGUGUUUGAUGAACUGUUCAAUAGUGUGCAACCUGACAACAGCAGUUCACUCUUAAAGUAUGAGCAACGACUUGAAGUCCUAGAGAAACACACUGAGAUCAUGCAGGUCAAUAUGGGCUCUCUUUCUCACCAGAUGAUGAUGAUGGAGAUCUUAGUCUCAGAGCUCAAUCACUCCAAAACUUUUGAGAGUCACGAUGAAAAGCUGAAGAUUGUGAAUUGUGGGCAAUGCCAAGAGCAAGUGACGACGAUGAAUGACUUGCUUAACACGCUUGAUAGACGUGUGGCGAACAUCGAGAACGUCUGCGGCCGGUUUGAACCGAUGUCCGACAGUCUCAGAAGGAUUAAAGAUGGACUCAACAAACAUGUUAAUGGCCUGUGGACCUGUGUCCGACAUCUGAACAGCACAGUACUCACACAUACAAGGGACAUUAACACUUUUAAAGACUCUUCACGCUUCUCAAAGGACCGGCAGGAUGGCAUCACCACACAAACAUAUACAGGUGUUCAUGAAAGUAAACCAGCUGUAAAUGUGUCUAUGGAAGGAGAUCUAUCACAACUAGAGCCUCCUGUGAUAAUGUCAGGGGAGGCGGGGCCUCCAGGACCCAAAGUCACAUCACAGUCCCCUCAGGGGACACCGGUUACCGGCUACGCGGGAGCUCCAGGUUAUCCGCUGUUACAAAGUCAGGAUUCUGUGUCCGCACAGAUUCCAUUGAGGACCGUUCAGAUGGCCAAAGGAGAUGGGCGAGGAAUGACGCGCGUGUCAUUUUCAGCCGGUCUGACACUUCUGCCGUUUCCUGGUGAAAUCGCCAUCAUCCGAUUUAACAAUGUCCUGUUAAAUGAUGGAGGACAUUAUGACCCCAAAACAGGUGUGUUUAUUGUGCCAGUGGAUGGGCGGUACCUGCUCAGCGCCGUUCUAACAGCUCAGACUGGAGAACGAGUCGAAGCUUUUCUCUCAGUAGCCAAUCGCAACAUCCAGAAGCUCUACACUGCUGGAGUAGGGGGCGGAGCCAGUGAGGGGUGUGUCUGUGGAGGCUCCGCCUCUGUAAGUCUUGCACUACAUUUAAAGCGAGGCCAGAGGGUAGGGCUUGUGCUGACCUCAGGGAAACUGGCGUUAUCAGCGUCCAAUGAAAUUCUGUCUUCAUUUAGUGGAGUUUUGCUUUACCCAACGGUGGCCAAACGAUAGCCAACACCAACAUCAGAGUCAUUUACAUUUGCAAAAAGCCACUCUGAGAUUUAAAAUCCAGUUUUAAACACUGAUGUGAAGAUAACAUAAAUCAUCAAGUUUGGUUCAUACUGUACCAGGUCAAGUGCAAAAGAGAGAUAAACCAAAAUACAUUUACAGUAUUUAUAAUGCUAGUAAUUAUACUCUUAAAAAUAAAUGUAUUUUUAUUAAUGGUCUCAGAUUUUUGGACGCCGCCUGUAUUUACCUUCCAGAAAUCAGCUGCUCAGUGGAUUUUCAUUUGAGAAAAAAAUAUUGUAGGGAACUAAAAUAUCUAUCUGUUCAUUUGACUGCAAAGUUCAUUUAUUUGUUGACUGUGAUCCAAAUGUAAACCCAAGACUGUAUGUGCACAGACGCUCCGAUGUUAUGUUGUUUUAAACAUUUCAAGAAAAAAAUGCAUGUUGUAAACGAUAAUAUUUUACAGAUUUGUAGUUGUACACAGACACGUCUACAUCGUAUUACUGUUCAUAGACAUCACUUUUACCUGUGUGUACACCAUCAUCCCAGUGAGACAAUGUUUUCUAAAAGUUUACAUUUUAUUUACUGAUGCGUUUUAUCUAUCAUUUAUUUUUACUGUCGUCAUAAUAAUGUAAUAUAUUUUGUGCAGAAUUUGUGGAUAAGAGCUUUACAGUUAUGUACAUCAGCUAAGGCAUUUAUAAUUAAUAUGAUUUACAAAGUGCUGAAUGUCAGAAGUUUCACAAAAAUGUGCAAAUAAGUUUCUGUUACAAAAAUAAAGCUGUUUUGACAAUCA